GCGGCCGCUGAGGAGGUGCGAGCCCCGGCCGGGCCCCCCCGCGCCGGACCAUGUACUCAGCCCACAGGCCCCUGGUGCCCGCGUCCGGCGCGGCCUCCCGUGGCCUCGGCAUGUUCGUGUGGACGAAUGUGGAACCUCGCUCUGUUGCUGUAUUCCCCUGGCACUCCUUAGUCCCCUUUCUGGCCCCCAGCCAGCCCGACCCCUCUGUGCAGCCAAGUGAGGCCCAGCAACCUGCCAGCCACCCAGUGGCCUCCACCCAGAGCAAAGAACCUGCUGAGUCGGCUGCUGUUGCCCACGAGCAGCCAGCAGGUGGGACAGGGAGUGCUGAUCCUGGGCGGCCCCCUGGAGCCACCUGCCCUGAGAGCCCAGGGCCUGGACCCCCCCACACUUUGGGGGUUGUGGAACCUGGAAAGGGUCCCCCUCCCACCACUGAGGAGGAGGCCCCUGGUCCUCCAGGAGAGCCCCGGCUGGACAGCGAGACAGAGAGUGACCAUGAUGAUGCCUUCCUCUCCAUCAUGUCUCCUGAGAUCCAGUUGCCCCUGCCACCCGGGAAACGCCGGACCCAGUCCCUCAGUGCCCUGCCAAAGGAACGAGACUCCUCUUCGGAGAAGGAUGGACGCAGCCCCAACAAGCGGGAGAAGGAUCAUAUCCGGCGGCCCAUGAAUGCCUUCAUGAUCUUCAGCAAGCGGCACCGGGCCCUGGUCCACCAGCGUCACCCCAACCAGGACAACCGGACCGUCAGCAAGAUCCUGGGCGAGUGGUGGUACGCCCUGGGGCCCAAGGAGAAGCAGAAGUACCAUGACCUGGCCUUCCAGGUGAAAGAGGCCCACUUUAAGGCUCACCCGGAUUGGAAGUGGUGCAACAAGGACCGGAAGAAGUCCAGCUCAGAGGCCAAGCCCACGAGCCUGGGGCUGGCAGGAGGGCACAAGGAGACUCGGGAGCGGAGCAUGUCGGAGACGGGGACUGCCGCUGCCCCUGGAGGUUGGUCGGCUCCUUGGUUGUCUUGUCCUGCCCCCUCCUUCCUUGAGAGGUGCCAGCUACCCCCUUGUUUGCUCAGCCCCUGCUUCAGAAGCCUCUCUCUGUCCUAUCAUUUUAUUUGAGGAUCUUUACCCAUAAAGGAACUGGCAGUUUUCUCGUAUGAAGGAGCCAGGGAGGUCCACACAGA